AAUAAAAGGGGCUUGACCUAGGUAACCCCCUGUGGGCUGAGAUGGCUUCACCCCUUCUGGCCACAUUGGGCAUUGCAGGGUCCCCUCGUGGGUCCCUCUGGUGUCUCUCACUCUGGAGUGGAGAUGGCAUGAAGGUCAAGGGGGAAAGGCUGGGAGGUUGAGUUAGGUUAUGUUUGUUAGGAGACAAAAGGAGAAACUUUUCCCUCUCUAUAAAAUGGUUUCCUUCCUGUGGUUGUACAGAAGAGGAUAAAAAUAUGAGAGAACAAACAGAAUGAGGAAAGACAGAAACAGGACAGGCAUUCAGGACCAGAGAUGAGGUUAUACGGUGAUUGGGCCCGUGGGCUUUGGAGCCAGAGAGACCAUGGUUCAAACCCCAGGCCCAGCACACCCUACCUGUGCCCUCACACAAGCCGCGGAGCUGCUCUGGGCCUCAGUUUCCUCAUUACCUUACAUUGGGCACUUCAGAAGCCGAUGUUGAGGCAAGGACUCGGCUGCCAGUGGUUUAUUUGGGAGGUGAGCCCAGGGAGCAUAAAUGGAAGGAUAAGUCAGGGGGAGGAAAAAGGCAGAGACUGCUUUAACUGGCAUUGUGGGCAGCUGGGGCUCAGUCGUGCUGGGGGCCCACGUAGAAUACGCUUGAGAAUGAUCGUUAUGGGGAAGCUGGACUAUUUACUGCCCCUCGUCUCUCAGAGCCUGAGGGUACAGCCCCGGAGGCGUUCAGUGAUUGGCAACUUAGGACUGUCCUGUGUGGGCUGAGCCAGCUUGGGUAGCCCCGAGAACUCCCCGGGCAGAGAAUGACGGGCAUGUGCCUGAGCAAGUGAGCUGUCCCUCUGCAUGGCCCAGCCCACCUCAGCAUCGGGGGAACUCAGGUGGCCGAGGGCUGGGAGUGGGGCAUCCCCAGCAUCUGCUCCCCUGGUUUACAAUAACCACAGGGCUGACUAGGCACCGUGCCAAGUGCUAAGCGUCUCAUUUAGUCCUCAUGCAGCACCCCACGUGAGAGGUGUUCUUAUUCCUCUUUUAUAAAUGAGGAAGCCGAGGUUUCCUGGGAUUGAGUGGCAAGCGAGCAUCAGAGCUAGAAUGCCAGCCCAGGCCCAGCUGACUCUAGAGCCUGGUAUGGGCUAAACUGUAUCUCCCCCCAAGCUCACAUACUUCAUGAAGCCUUAACCCCCCGUACCUCAGCGUGGGACUGUAUUGGGAGGUAGGCUCCUUAAAGGCAAUUAAGAUUAAAUGAGGUCAUCAGGGUGGGCCCUAAUUCAAUACGACUGGUGUCCUUAUAUUAAGGGGAAAUUAGGACGCAGAGACAGACACACAGAGGGAAGACGGCAUCUACAAGCAAGGAGGGAGGCCUGGAGACCCAGGCCAAGGAGAGCUCCUUCCUUCCCAGCCUCAGAAGGAAGCAACUCUGCCAACACCUGGACUUCAGACUUCCGGCCUCCAGAGCUAUGAGGCUAUGAAGCUCUGUUAUUUAAGCCACCCAGUUUGUGGUCCUUUGUUACGGCAGCCCUAACAAACUCAUGUAGAGCUGGUGUGGCUGACCGCUCUGCUGGGCUGUUUCAUCUGAAAAUAGGAUGACCGUUCUUACCCCAUAGGGUUGUAUGUGACGUGAGGGUUAGCCGGGAUAAAUGCCUGCAAAGGCUUAACACACAGCACUUGAUGGCUAUUCCUACUGGGCACACAUCAGGCAAUGUUUGCUGAGUGACUGGAGAGAACAGCAGAAGCACAGAUGUCAGAGCCAUCCACGUCUCCAAGGAUAGUUUGUCAGGUGAUGAGGGAAAUGUGUUGAAAGGUGAAGAAAUGACUUGGUUUCUAUAGAAACCUGGACCCCAGGUGCCUUAUGGUGGGCCACCUGCCCGGUUUAAUUAGCAUCCUCCUUCUCCUCGGCCAGGAGGUGAGAAAGGAGAUGCAUGGGCCACCUACACACCCUCUUUGGGGUGCGGGGACCUGAGUUCAAAGGAAGGAGGUAGAGGAAAAGCGGUGGUGUCAAGUUUUAAAUCUGCAUCUAUUUUCCCAGGGCCCAUCUUGAGCUGUCUCAUCUCUGGGGACUCCAGAUCCCCUCAGGACUCCAGUCUACCCCUGGGACUUGACAGAAGCUAUGACCUCUGCCCAGCCCUGCCCAGAUGUGCUGGUUCCCAGGGCACCAGGAACAGCUGUUUUGGGUACUGAUACUUUACUCCCAGAAAGCUGGGAAUCACUGCAGGGAAAGAGGAAGAGUUCCUUUCCUUUCUGGGUGGCCUGUCUUCCACCCUCAGUGGGAUACCUUUUCUUUUUUCAUGGUCAAAAAUACCAUUUAAAAGAAUCCAGGAAUGAGCACCACUAAGUAAAAAUUUAAAACUUAUGUCUAGAAAAGAGACUGGAAGACAUUGCCCUGAAGGUUGCAGGGGUUAACUUUUGGGAAGUGGUUUUGCUUCUCAAUUUUAUACCUUCCUAUUCAGUUUUUUUGAAGGUUCCAUAGUGAUGUAAUGGUAGUUAACAUAUAUUGAGCAUUUAUGGGUCAGGCAUUGUUCUAAGCACUUGUAUGAGGAAAAGUAUUGAUUUGUCCCCAUUUUUCGGAUGAGGAAACUGAAGCUAAGAUGGAUUAAAUAAUCAGUGUGUGGUCACACAGAAGCAGGUCUGGAAUUUGAACAUAGAUACAGAUGUGCCUGGAUUGAAAGGCAUGAAAUAAACUAGCCUCUAUUGUCCCUUUUAUGAUGGUGGUGAGGGGAAGGGAACUUUGUUUUACUUACUGGUAAAUAAAUGACAAUUUUAAAAAGCUAAGAAACUAAAGGAGACAGAUAGAUAGGCAGACAGAUGAUAAGAAGAAAGAAAUAGAUCUUCACCAAACCCCCAGGCACAGUGUGUGUAUGCGUGUGUGUACGCAUGGGCUCGGGUGGGGGUGGGGGAGAGUAAUGUCUUUAAGAACCCAGAAAAUACAUACUGUGUUACAGAGAGACCUCUACAACCUCCAAAUGGCAGCAAAGAUCCUGUUUGUUAAGUGAAUAAAUUGUCUAUUUCCUAGCCAGUAAACUUGAGGUCUAGAGCAAGGGGUGGCAAGCUAUGGCCUGUGGGCCAAAUCCAGCCCACUGCUCGUUUUUGUAAAUAAAGUUUUAUUGGAACCUGGCCAGACCCAUUCCUAAAGCCUUUCACAGAGUUGUGACAGAGACCAUGUGCGCUGCAAAGCCACUACUAUCUGGCUCUUUACAGAAAAAAUUUAAAGUUGCUGCUAUGUAGGAUGAAUAAGUCUGGAGAUGUGAGGUACAGCAUAAUGAUUGUAGUUCAUCACACUGUACUGAACACUGGAAAUUUCCUAAGGAGUAGAUUUCAGGGGCACUCACCACACACAAAAGGUAACCCUGUGAGGAGAUAAUAUGUUAAUUAGUUUGACUGUGGUAUCAUUUCACUAUAUAUAUGUAUAUCACAUCAUCAUGUUGUACGCCUUAAAUACAAACUAUUUUUUUAAAAAAUAGAAUUUUUUAGAAACUUUGCCUACCCCCGUCUAGAGCAAUGCUUCAUAACAUUAAUGUACAUAUGACUCCCUGGGGAUCUAGUCAAAAUGCAGAUUCCGAUUCAGCAGGCCUGGGGUGGGGCCUGAGGUUCUGCAUUUUUAACAAGCUCUGAGGAGAUGCCGACGCUGCUGGUCCGUGGACCACACUUGGGAAUGAGCGUGUCACAAAUACUUUACAUGUUUCCAUCCAGAGAGGGGGCAUGAACCAGCUUACCCAAACCUCCAGCCGUCACAUAUUGUAUUAUCAACACAGGUCAUUUAGGAGGUUUAUUUGCCAAAUCAAAGGCUCCUCCACUUUUCAAAAGUAUUUCCAGCGGCCUGUGUCUGACGACCCUCCUUUUCCCCCUGGUUCGUUCACGCAGAGGGUGUUUGAUUUCCGUGACAGCAGGGGCCUCUAAGUACAGUCAGCACACCAGAUGAUGGGGAGUGGGGAGAAAGCCUUCCAACUUUCUUCCAUUUUUAUAGUUUGUAUCAACUUUUUAAAAAAGUCCGUUUGGGGGAGGGCUGUUUUAUAACAGACACGAUGCACAUCACUUAUAUAAUAAACAUAUGUCAUUUAUAAAUAAAUAAGUGCGCAUGCUCUGGGGGGCCUCAUCGCAAAGCUUUGAGACAACGGGUAGACGUGAGUUACGCCAUGGCUGAAACUGGGCCUGGGCUGUGCUCGUAGCCUGAGUCAGGCCUUGGCAGGCUUUCAGCCCCAUGUGGGCCGGCAAAACACGCUGCAUGGGCACGAGUUUUAUUCCUCGCAGGCACAGCGGCAGGUGUUCCAGAGAGAAAGUGAGCGACUGGGACACGCUUGAGCCCUUGUGAAUGCCAGCCACACGAAGUGUCAGGGCACCUGGCUGAGCACUUCGGGAGAGAAAGGAGGGAGUGUGCAGGGAAAGCCAGGAAAAGACCUGCACUGGAUCAAUGACAAUCAUAGCAAAAUUUGCUGUCAGGUAUUCAACAUCUACUACUAGCCAGCUUCUAUGCUAAGUAUUACAAAUUAUGACAUUUAAUCUUUGUGAGGUAGGUACUCUUAUUAUCCCCUAUUUUAUAAAGGAGGAAAGUGAGGCUCAGAGAGGCAGAGGAUACACAAAGACUGAUUUUUAGAGGUAUCACUUCAUAAAUGCAGUGAGAUUCCAGUGAAACACCAGCGGAUCUAUUUUAAGUUUGAACACGCUAGAACUGUACACUAAUGAUAACGUUUGCCUAUUUUUGGUGAACACUUCCUCUGUGUCGAGAACCUUCUACCGGCACAUCCUUUAACCUCCAAGAGACCCUGCAGGAGAUGACGGGCCUGCCCUUCCUCCUCGCUGCGGGGAAUCCAAUGCCCUGGAGCUGGGCCGACACGUUGGGGCCCCGCUGAGCCAAAGCACUGAGGCCCCGCCUGCAGGGGGAGCCCUUUCUCAGCUCCGCGUAAUUGUUCCCAUGUGCAAAGGAGGCCUAAUUCUUGUCAGAUCUUCAGAUUCGUAGCAGAGGCAGAAAUCUCGACUUAUACUUAAAAUAUCCUGAUCUUACACCCUGACAACGAAUUUUUAGAAAUUUUAAAACACAGCAUGGACCCAACACAUCACAUCCACGGGUGAGCUCGCUUUGGCCCAGGAGGCCUCUGCCCUAGAUGCUGACUUGUAUUUUUACCUUCUGGUACUAUUUCCUCCUAGGGCUCCGCGAUGCUUUAUCUGCUGUGCCAGGCGGGGACGUGCGCGCCGCUAUUGUCCCAUCUUACGGAGUCUCAAGGGAGGCAAGCACGUGCCCAAGGCCACUCGGUGGCUCGGAAGCAGCGCUGCGCUUCCUCUGAGUUCUCCGAAGGGGGCCGGCCAGGGGCGGCUUUCAGGCUGUCACUCUGAGCUGGCCGCGGCCGUGCAGGGAGGAAACAGGAGUCAGGGGAGGGGCGGGGGAGGAGACUGGGGUCUACCCAGUGCUCCUGAGCUCUGGGCAGGAGAGCCGUCCGGACCCGAGCUCCCACGGCAGGGCCUCUCUCCUCUGCUCAGGCCGUGAGGUGGCUUUCUCGGGGCCCAGGAUGCAGAGGUGGGGACUGUGGGCCGCGGCCGUCCUGACCCUCCUCUCCGCACAGGCCUUUCCGCAAACGGACAUCAAUAUCAGCCCAGCCAUGCCAGACCUGCCCCAGGCUUCCCUGUGCCCACUGUUCUGGAUGGAGUUCAAAGGCCACUGCUAUAGAUUUUUCCCUCUCAAUAAGACCUGGGCUGAGGCUGACUUCUACUGCUCUGAGUUCUCCAUUGGCAGGAAGUCCGCCAAACUGGCCUCCAUCCACAGCUGGGAGGAGAAUGUCUUUGUGUAUGACCUCGUGAACAGCUGUGUUCCUGGGAUCCCAGCUGACAUCUGGACAGGGCUUCACGAUCACAGGCAGGAAGGGCAGUUUGAAUGGACAGACGGCUCAUCCUAUGACUAUAGCUACUGGGAUGGGAGCCAGCCGGACGAUGGCAUCCACGCAGACCCAGAAGAGGAGGAUUGCGUGCAAAUAUGGUACCGACCCACCAGCGCUCUGAGGUCAUGGAAUGAUAACACCUGCAGCCGAAAGUUCCCCUUUGUCUGCAAGAUCGCAGCUCUGACCAUUCACUGAUCCAGUCUCGCCCUCUCGGAGCAAGCCCAACACCAGCAUCGACUUGUAGAUGUACCUAAUGUAAAGUCGACACUCAAUAAAUGUAAAACGCACAGAGGAGACAAAUCUCCCAGACAGAGAUUUUAUACAAGCAAAUCUUAAGAUACAGAGUGAUCACUUGGUGACGAGUGACGGGAAAACCAACUCAGCUGGCUUUAUAAAUAAAGGAUGGUGCAUUUAUUGGUCCAAGUAAUAACGGUCCAGGG